CUUCGACAACUACUACUUCGACCCCUUCCAAAAUGACAUACAACUUUCGUUCUCGCAAACGCCUAAGAUGCUCUACUCCUGGGUCAGAUAUGUCGCAACAACGACAAGCAGCAAAUGCCGCACGAACCAGCCUGCCCAGCCUUCCUGUUGAGCUGCUUCUCGAAAUAUUCUCUUACUGGCCGUCUAUUCCGAUAUCCUGGCCCGACUCGCCUCCUUUGUUCCCAAAUAUUUACCUCGAGCGAUCAUAUACGAUCCGGUCUUUGACUCAGACAUGUACAUCACUUCGUGCAAGGCUUCUUCCUUUGGCAUGGCAAAAUCUGGAAGCUUGCGCCAGCAGGAAUCUCCAGAAAGAAAGUCGUUCUCGUCGAGGUCAAUACCUCUAUUUGACCGAGAGAUAUGGUCGUGAAGUGGCCACGGAGUUGGUACGACAAGCUGAAAUCGUCACUAUCAGAAACCCAAGUCUUGUGACUUACGUGCAGACGGUGUCCGUCACGCUCACAAAAGUUCAUGCUGCGCAGGUUUUUGAGGAAUUUGCAAGAUGUCUGGCGUUGCUACCAAAUGUCAAGACCUUGCAGAUCUUCGGACUUGACUUCAAAGUUGCCGAGACAAGGCUUUCCCGAGCAUUCGCUUCAGUGAUUCUUCCUUCUGUGAGGAGACUAGCCGUGCCCCAUGAAGGUGUCGUGCUGUUUCCCAGCGUCCCAAACGUCCGCGACAUUACGUUCUUCGCCCACAGCUCUACGUACCACACUGAAUAUUGUGCUCUCUCUGUAGCGAAGCACUUCCCACAUAUAGAGCGCCUGCAGUUCCGAGGGUCUCUGGUAGCUACGAAAUUGAAUAGGAUCACGCACCAACUGCUAGAACUGCGCGAACUGGGUCCUAUCGGACUCGAUCAUUACGUUCCUAUGUCUCGUCAGAGGGAAAUCGUGCCAUCAGUGCGACCUUUAAUUAUCUCUUCUAAGUUGCUCAAACGCAUUUCGCUUUGUUCUCAGACCUCCCUUGAAUGCCUCUCUCGCCUUGGGAGGAUCCGCGUUCUGCAUCUGAAAAUCGAUGGACCUUUUAUACAUGGCGGAACCCAGAGUUUAUCGAUGUACAGUGGACACAUCAAACUCGCAAAAGAAAUUUUACAUCGUGCCCCUGCUCAGGGACAGGAGCUCAAGAAGCUCAUCGUUCGGGGCCCGGCUUCUACGCGGGUGUAUAUUGGUAAGGGAAUGGAAGAUCUUGAAGAAGUGGUGGAUAGUAAUUCCAACAAGUAAUAAGGCCUGCUUUGAAGCCAAGUUACGUAACUUUCCUUGAUAUAGGCAAUUGACCGCCAAACCAUCGGUUGGCGUAAUUUAUGACGCGUUUCGAUCAUCACCGAUUCCGCCCCGCCAGUACCCCGCGCUUGUUUCAUUCCAUCCCCGCCCUUCCUUUCCUUCCUUCUACCAUCAUCUAUCUUCCAUCGGAUGACAGAUCAGCCUGAUCACGGUGCAGCUUUUCACGUGGCGAGGUCCUCGUUGAACUUCUGGAUGCGAAACUGCGACGUCGUGCUGCAC